CGCCUACACGGCUGCGAAUUCGCAAUAAACCAGAAAACUGAGAGAAAGGAAAAGAAAAUCAGCCAGAAAUCAGAGAAUGGGGAAGGGAAAGUCCAGGAUCCCAAUAAAACUGAUCGAGUCAGAUAAAGCUCGAAUGGUUUGCUUCUCCAAGAGGAGAACGGGGCUGUUCAAGAAACUUUCUAAACUCUGCGACCUAUUCCCCGGAGUAAAAUUUGCUGCCGUCGUCUUCUCUCCCGCCGGGAACCCAUAUGUGCAUGGCGACCCAGCAGCGGUUCUCGAGGCGGCAGGCGAGAGCGAAAAGAGAACCAGGCUGGUGAGUGAAGAGUCGCAGCAGGGCAGCGCUCCUCUUUCUGCUCUGUUUCCAUCGCCGUUGUCCUGUGAUCCGGGCGAGAAUACCGCUUGGAACAGCGGCGGGCCGUUGCCUGACGAAAUUAUUGAGUCGGUGAUCCGAGAGGUGCAGCAGAGGCAGCUGCACGGCGGGUGUCCUGUUUUUCCGCAAUAUUCCUGGCCUUCCUCUGCUCUUGCCGGCGGCCAUAUUAUUUCUGCACCCUGUUGCAACUCGCCAAUUGAGGAGACCCUCAAUACUCCUGCGAUUGGUAGUUGGGAAGAUGAUUGGCUAAUUAGCGGAGAAGACAUUGGAUCAAUGAUCCAGGAGUUGCAGCCGCAGCAGGGCGACGGUCCCGUUUUUCCAGAAUAUUCCUCACCGCCAUCCUCUGCUUUGCCUUCCUCCUCAAGUCAGCAGGGGAAGACCCACAGAGAAGAAGAUCUGGAUUCACUGAUACAAGAGUUGCUGCGGUAGGGCCAUAUUAUUUCUCAAUGUUAAUUCUACGCCGUACUCUGCUCGGCCUUUGGAGUGAUCCAUCAAUUUUGGUUAGAGGAAUGGAUAUGACUUUAGGGUUUAUGGGACCAAAGUCUAAACAUGUUCAUAAUGACAAUUACUGUAUUAUUGCUUACAUGAUCAGUUCAUUAUUUCAUUCAUUUAAUUUCUUUUAUGUAUAGACAAAUUAUUAUCUUACGAAUGAUUUUAAUUUGGUGGUGAAGUGUAUCUAUGUUAUUAUUAGGUUAUUA